GGCUCGUUGCUCUUCCUCCCGAUCAUCGCUCACCUAAACCUCAAAGUCAGCCAUGUCGGUCGUGUUGCUGCCGGGAGACGCCGUAGAUAUAGCCUCUUCGUCGGCUAUAAAGCUUGGACCCGGACUCGCGCGGAACGAGGGCACGCUGGAGCAGCUCGUUGCAACGACGCCAGGCGUCUUUGGUCACAUCGAUGCCUCUUCCACUGCCCAAAGUAGCCUGAAGAGCAAGAUGAUGGACGCAGGAGAGCCAAAGAGGCCCCAGGUAGCAGAAUGGAUCGAGACAAACACUAAGAGGUACGUUCCCGCCUUGCGCGACUCUGUCGUUGUCCAGAUCACCAAUCGGGGACCCGAAUCGUACCAGUGCACCCUCUUCACGUCUUCGACACCUGCUACGCUUCCAUCGCUGUCGUUCGAAGGUGCGACCAAGCGCAAUAAGCCCAAUCUCAAAGUGGGAAGUCUUCUGUACGCUACCGUUGUCUCUGCUGGCAGGCAUGUCGAGCCCGAGCUGAGCUGCGUCGCGUCCGAGUCUGGAAAGAGCCAAGGCUUUGGGGAGCUCAAAAAAGAGAGCGAGGGUGUUGGUAUGAUCUUCACGGUCAGCUGUGGUCUCGCAAGAAGCCUCCUGGAUCCAAAGCAUCAGCUCUUGCAGGAGGUAGCCGCUCACUUUCCUUUUGAGACUGCCAUUGGCAUCAACGGUGUCAUCUGGGUCCACGCAGCAUCGUCAAAGCAAGCCAUAACCAUCGGGCAAGUUCUCCAGCGAGCCGACGAAAAGGCCAGGCAUCUGGCGAGGGAAGGAGCAAGAGCAACGGUAGCAGCAACCAAUGCGAAUGAUGAUGCCCUGGCAAUCGUGCGAACGAGAGGUCUCCUAGAUGUGGCAGAGAUUGCAUCGAUAGUGGAUCGUAUGAGAUGAAAAGAUUCACUGCAGUGUACAGGACAGUACAAUAGAUAGUCUGAAUCUCCUAUGGCACGAGCCUCUUUUCAUGCCAGUCACUGUUGGGUGAUGACUGUACUCUGGUGAAAAGACUUCGCUUAUC